AUGAUUCGCAAAACCCUAACCCUAACUCACCAUUUUCGCAUUCACAUACCCAAUCUCCACGCACCCAAUUGCAAAUUCCACCUAAAAUCAAAUGAUACCAAAUCAAGCCUUCGAAUCAGAAGCUGCAAAAAAUAUCGCUCGAUUAUCACCAACUGCAGUUUUCCAGGCAGUGAAACUGAUGUGGUCACUGGAAUUUCUUCAGCUAAGGAGGCAAAUGAAGCUGCAAUGGUGUCAAUCGAGAAAGGGCCGUCAUUAGCUGGAGAUGUUUCAGAGAACAAAGGAGAGGAUUUGCAAGGGAAGAGCAGCAGCAUGUGGGAUCAGAUUGUUGAGAUUGUGAAGUUCUCUGGUCCAGCUGUUGGGCUCUGGAUUUGUGGGCCGCUGAUGAGUUUGAUUGAUACUGUUGUUGUUGGUCAGGGCAGCUCGAUCGAGCUUGCUGCCUUAGGACCAGGAACAGUGCUGUGCGAUUACACAAGUGCUAUGUUUACAUUUCUUUCAAUCGCAACUUCAAAUUUGGUAGCAACGGGCCUUGCAAGGCAGGACAAAAAUGAGGUCCAACAUCAGAUAUCUAUCAUGCUGUUUGUGGGACUGACUUGUGGUAUCCUGAUGCUUUUAUUUACAAAGUUAUAUGGCCGUUGGGCGCUGACUGUUUUUACAGGGGCAAAGAAUGCAGAUAUCAUAACUGCAGCAAAUAAAUAUGUUCAGAUUCGAGGUUUAGUCUGGCCAGCAUGGCUUGUUGGAUGGGUUGCUCAAAGUGCAAGCUUAGGGAUGAAAGAUUCUUGGGGACCUGUCAAGGCUUUGGCAGUUGCAAGUGCCAUUAAUGGAGUUGGUGACAUAGUCUUAUGCAGAUUCCUUGGAUUUGGCAUAGCUGGAGCAGCAUGGGCAACAAUGGUGUCUCAGGCUGUGGCAGCUUUCAUGAUGAUUAGGGCGUUGAAUAAGAAGGGAUACAAUGGUUUUGCUAUCUCCAUUCCAUCUCCAGCUGAAUUCCGUCUAAUAUUCAUGCUUGCAGCUCCAGCUUUUGUGGCAAUUAUGUCAAAGGUAGUUUUUUAUGCUAUGCUCGUCUUCUUUGCUACAUCAAUGGGUACAAAAACUGUUGCCGCCCAUCAGGUGAUGAUACAAUUAUACUGCAUAUGUGCUGUUUGGGGGGAGCCUCUUUCUCAAACGGCACAAUCAUUUAUGCCGGAGCUGAUGUAUGGAGCUAAUCGCAGUUUAGUUAAGGUGCGGGAACUAUUGAAGUCACUAGUCAUCAUUGGCACAAUAAGUGGGCUGAUAUUAGGAUCUAUUGGAACAGCAACUCCCUUGCUAUUUCCUAAAAUAUUUUCAUCUGAUCCUGAAGUCAUACACGAGAUGCACAAGGUGUUGAUACCUUACUUCCUUGCAUUGUGCAUCACGCCCAGUACUCAUAGCCUUGAGGGUACUCUACUGGCUGGACGAGACUUGAAGUUCAUUAGUACGUCGAUGACUGGAAUCUUUUGUCUAGGCUCCCUUUCCCUAUUGCUGCUGAGCUCAAAUGGCUAUGGUUUAACUGGGUGUUGGUUUACACUCGUUGGAUUCCAAUGGUCUCGUUUUCUAAUUGCUCUAAGGCGACUCACCUUAGCAAAUGGGAUGCUGUAUUCUGAAGACUUUACGUGUUACCAACUCGAAAAGGUCAAAUCUGUAUAG